GUCACCCACCACCCGUCACGCUCUCUGCCGCUCAGUGACUCGAUCUUCUCGUUCCCACCACCAUUAUCGACAAUGGACCUCACCGUUGCCAGCGUAGAACAUAUCACGCGUGAAUUCAGAGCAGUAGUACUAUCUGGCUUUGGGAAUGAACUGAUCCCUCUGACGAGCGAUCACGGCUCAGAACCUUGUCCAAAAGCCCUGAUUCCAGUGGCCAAUAAACCUGUGAUAGAUUAUGUUCUUACUUGGAUAGAAGGCUCCGGUAUCAAAGAUGUUCUUCUAAUAUGCCCUACCACCCAUAAGGCUGCCAUUUCGCAUCACAUUCAUUCCGACCUCACUGCCGCUUCUUCUUCCCUCCGAAUUGAUGUUCAGACCUACGACGAAUCCACGGAAACGCCUGGUGGAACGUGCGCCCUCCUACGGCAUUUCUCGAGCCGAAUAACUGAAGAUUUUGUCGUCCUACCCUGUGACUUCCUCCCCCCGUCCACUCUUCCGUUAACCUCAAUCUUGAACAAAUUUCGUACGGAAAGUAUCAGUGAUGGUUCUCUUGCUACAACCUGCUGGUUCGCGGCUCACCAACAGGAGAAAAACACAAUCGUGGAAGAGUGGGGAUCGCCACCCGCGCCUUCUCCGAUUGUAUGGGAUGAAUCAACGGGAACUCUACUGCAUAUUGACAGCCCGGAUGAUUUGGAUUGGAAUUCAGAGGAACUUGAACUGAGGAUGUCCUUGUUGUCUCAUUAUCCCAGAACUCGACUUUCGACAAAUUUUCAAGAUUCACAUAUUUACGUCUGUCGUCGGUCUAUUCUUGAUUUGUUGCACGAAAAGCAACAUUUCGAUUCACUCAGAGAAGAAUUCAUGCCAUGGCUCUGCAAAAUUCAAUAUCAAAGGUUGAAGCAGGAGAAGUACGGAAGGAUUCUGAACCCUAUCACCAAUGCGGCUACUCAAACAGUGGCACUCAAUCACUCUUCUCUUCAUUUUUCAAAGGGAAGUCGUGCCAAGGCAGGAGAUUAUACACCCGACGAGGAACCCCCUUCCCCUCUUGAUUCUGACGCGAUCUCCGAAUUUUCUAGUCUACGGGUGGGGAUUGUCAUACACCAAGGCCCCGGCUAUGCGACGCGAGUCAAUACGAUACAGUCAUUAAUGGAAAUAAACCGACGAUUGUUGUUGGAUACAACAUACUCCCUUCCUACAGAUCCCAAAAGUCGUUCCCUCAUUGACCAAAAAGCUCAGAUAUCAUCGGACAGCAUGAUCGGUGACUUUACUCAAGUAUCGGAGCGCACGACAAUAAAGAAGUCGGUCGUUGGAAAACAUUGUGUUAUUGGUAAGAUGGCGAAAAUAGUUGGGUGUGUGCUGUUUGAUCACUGCGUGGUUGAAGAUGGUGCGAAACUAGAUGGGUGUGUUCUGGGGAAGAAUACAAAGGUUGGCUCCAAAGCCGAGCUCAGUCGAGUUGUAACGCAGGCUGGUUACGAAUUCAGUCCCGGAGAAACGACCAAAAACGAGAAACUUGAGGUUACAGACUGGACUGCGGAGGUAGACAAUUCGGAGGAGGGAAGUGAUGACGAGAGUGUGGACGAAAACGAGGAUGAAGAAUAAGAAAAUGAUUCUCUCACAUACUUAGAUGAUAGAAGUAACCAAAUUUUGUAAUAACGUGACAUAGUGUUCUCAUUAGGUCGAACCUGACCUGUGA